CCCCCCCCCCCCCCCCCGAGCAGACGACCUGUGCCUGACUUCAUUGUGCCGCUGUGUGGUUCCAGCCGCUGCUUCAACAAUGCCUCGAUGGAAAGUCGGUCAGUAUCUGCGAUGGUCCAGCACCGUCACUCAAGCCCUUGUCAUAUCUGUCAUCACGUUUUGCAUCAUCCUUCCUCUAUGCUGCCAUCGGCUGCUGUACUCCUACUUCUUCAUCCGGUCCAUGUACCUGAACUCCAUGAGUGAGGAGGCCCUGCGACAAAGCCUCAACCAAGGUCAGGACGCUCUGCACUUCUGGCAGAGUGCCUCCACUGCUGCGAUGGCAGCAUCAUCCAGAUUCAACGAUGUCGCCCAACAUCCCGAGCUGCUGGUUACUGUGGUGACAGCCAGGCGGAACCAGGGGCAGGACUUCCACUACCUGCUCCAGGUGAUGCUGCAGCUGAGCAUCAUUGUGGGAGGCUGCGGGGAGCGGCGGUGUGCAGAGGUGCUGGUGUGUGAUGUGGAAAGCGGUCCCCAGGAAAACCAGGACGCCAGACUGCUAGAGGCCCAUUUCAGGGUGAUCCGGCGUUCCCCCCAGGAGCAGCAGAGGGACCAGGAACAAAUCAGUACCUUUGAGAGGGAGAAGAGGGAUUAUGUCUUUUGUCUCCGCAAGGGAUGGGAGCUGGUGAAGCCCAAAAACAUGGUUGUCCUGGAGGACGAUGCUGUGCCGAAGCCAGACUUUUUUGCCGUUGUAAAGGACUUGCUGUCACGCCGCUUUGCUCUCCAGACUCUCUAUAUCAAGCUGUAUCACCCUGAAAGGCUGCAGCGCUACUGGAACCCUGAGCCCUACCGCAUCCUGGAGUGGGUGGGGCUCGGGCUGGUUGCAGCGACUGCCCUGCUUCUCGCCUUUUCUUACUGGAACCCCUGCUCUUUCUCCUUCACACCAUCAGCCAAUCACCUCAUCUUCUUAACCCUCUACUUCAUGGCUGUCACUGAGCUGAUGGGGCGGCACUACCUCCUGGAAGUGCGGAGACUCUCCCCGCAGCUCUACGCCGUCUCCCCGGCCACUGAGUGCUGCACCCCAGCCAUGCUGUUCCCUGGCAACGCGUCGCUCAGGGUGGCUGAGUAUCUGGACGGCACUUUCUGCGUAAAGGGGAACGCCAAAGACAUGGUCCUCUACCGGAUGGCGAGGACAAUCCCUGGGGAGAGGGCUCACAGCGUGGAACCCAACCUCAUCACCCACAUCGGGGCCUACUCCUCAGUCAGGCCCAACCCAGCCAGACCCAAACUCCUGUGAUUGGGAGGAGCCAGGAGGAGGUGGAGCAGAGUGGAUUUCAUCAGGUUCUGCUUUUCUUCUUCCACAUCACCUCGUGCACGCCACAGACCUCUGAAGACAACGCUCAGCGAGCAUUGCUUUAGUGGUUUCUGGGUGAAAGGUUCACAGAACAUCAAGUUCUGUUUGGUUGAAAUGUUUAUCUAAUUUAUGUGAAGGUUACCAAUCCCUUUUGUCAGACACUACAUGUGACUGCAGAGCAGGUUUAGUCGAGGAGCCGGUGGAAACGAGAAGCUGCUGAAACAACAGGGAUAGUCAACCAAAGUCUGGACAAAAGGUUUUACCAGAAAAUCACCAGAACUGUGUCACUGAGCUGUUUUCAGUUUGAAGCAGAUGUCACAUCGUCAUGCUGGACAAAACUGUUUGGUUUAAACGCUGCUGUGAUUCUACUGCCUGGACCCAUGAAACUCUUUAACAGCCAGAUGCUGCCAAAACGCUUCAUCAUCCGCUUUCAAACAGUCCAGGUUUUACAUUUAACAACAUGCAUAUGAUGAAAACUGUGACAUUCUUAAAGGAUUUGUUCACUGUUCGUGCACCAGAGCUGAUUAAAACUAGGGCUGAGUGCAGACGCCACCCGGGUUCUACGUUCAUCGUUGCCGAUACAGAAAGAGUGAGGCAUGAUGAAAUGUUUACCAAGAGGUUUUGAUGCUGAACAAUCUGGGUAUUUUACUGACUGGGAACCAGAUUGAACAUGGAACCAGCUACGAGAAUCAGGAAUGACCACACGUAUCAGCACCAUGAUUUUUAUUUGAAAAAGUUAUUGGUGGGUUUAAAGGUCCCAGUGUGGCAGCAGUGUCAGACCAGUGACCAUGUCUGGGGAACACUGGCUCUCUACAGUCUCGGUCUGUGGUCCCGUUUGUGUGGAUCGAACCGGGCCGGUGAAUCCAGACCAGGAUUCGCUGAGAAGGACGUGACCGCGGGAUCCAGAUUGUGGCCUUUUUUCUUUAGCAGUUAUGUUUUUGUUUUGUCAUGGUUACGCCAUCUCCGUAAGGCGGCAGUAAACUGUACUGCUGGUGGAGACGGGACCAUGGCAGAACAAAGCUUCUGUGACAGUCUGACAUUUUAGGCUAAUGCUAAACCAGAAUAAUCACUUUUCUGAUGACGACGUUCUCUUUAGCCACUUAAAUGUGCCGACAGUUACCUGCCAGGUCUCAGAGGAGGCUGGCUGCACCGCGGACACCGUGCGUGUACAGCUGGGUGACAAUUGGAAGGAUAAACCACCAUAAGGCACCCAGCAGAGCCUGGUUAGUGCUGGGCCAGCGGGCUCCCCCUGCUUCCAGUCCCUGUGCUAAGCAUAAGACCAGAGGUUUUACUAAAAUGUCAGACUGUGUAUUUAACACCGACGAGUCUGCGGCUCUGAAUGUGCCUUCACUGUUUCUGAACUCUUCUUUGGACGUAACGUCUAAACCUGAUUUAUUACUGCGUCUACGUGAACACUAGGACACACACACUUAUUGAUCUGAGAGUUGAUAAAUGUAUUUAGUGAUUGAGUUUGUUUUAUUUCUGACAUUCAUAAAUGAUGUUUUAAAUAUUUAAACCAUAAACACUGCUGUGGCUGUCACCGCAUUACAGAUAUUUCAAUUUAGUUCAAGUUGUGUGACGUUUGUGGGUCAGUGUCUCGCUGUGUUUGUCUUUCACUGCUCUACGUUUAUGCUGGAUUAGAUUUGUCUUUCUUUUUUCAGUUCUUUUGAAUGAUGUCUUUUGGAAAUGAUUUAAAAUACAAAUAUAUUGGUUAAAUCUGAAAUGUCAAAAUAAAACUGUCCUAAUAUUUUUACUCCAGAAGAUGUGAAACACUGAGAUUCUGACGGAUCACGAGGGUCAGAUCUUUCUGUUCCAGGGUCAUGUUUUGACUUGACACUGAAUGUGAAUCCUGACAUCUCAUCCUGUUUACACUGUGACGUCUUCACCGCUUUCACACCUGAAACACAAUAAAUCACUGAGUGUGAAGUCGCUCGGCUGUCGGGACGUUUGUUGUCCAGCAGUGACGUCACUGUGUCAGCCAACCAGGAAGUAAACGCCUCUCUGAGGUGUUUUGUGCAGCAGGUCAGACGUGUUAGCUUUUUACUGAGCCACACGAAUCCUAGUGUAGUAGUUAUUUGUUAGAUCAUUAGUGUUACUGCUCAUUGUUCGUCUUUGUGUUGAGUGUUUGGUUAGUUGAUGUAUUUGUAGUUCUUUAGUUUAUCUUGGGGGUUAUUUUGGAGAUAAUGGGGUGGCGCUGUGGGGACGUUAGCUUUAUAGGUAGGUAGGCGGGCACAGGACCAGAAUGCACUGGGGAGGGGUUCAUGGUUUUUCACCAGUGUGUGAGAAGCAGUAGGAGGCGGGGCUUCUUUUGUUUCCCUGCUCACAACGGCUGAAUAAACACAACACAUGGACUAUGGACUUCUCUUACUUGUGUACACGAUGGUCCUGAUGGUGCGUCAGUAGCCUUUUGAUUGUACGUUUGGUCCAAGUUUGAUGUUUGAUCUGUUACCACACCCAGAACCAACUCAACAACCGGGUCUGAUAAUAUUUAGUUUUAAUAAAAAAGCUGCUUUCCGUUGGUUUUGAUGAUUUUGCAGCUGGUUCAGACCAGAUGUUACAGCAGAGAUCAGACUGAUGCCCCAAAACACUGUUUAUUUGCACAACAUCAAACUGGAGAUGAACAGGUUCUAAUGCACAAAGUGCAGGCAGAGACAAAAGGCUCGUUGUCUGGUUCCCCUGUUAACAAGGUUCAUUUUGGGAACUUGACUCUGAUCUUAGACUCACGUGUUGCUGAUCCUGUGUCCGCUGAUGACGGUGUUCUGGUGCUGUCAAACAAAACCACCUUCUGGCAAACGGAGAAAACCAGUAAGGUUCAGCUGCUGAUGGGAAGAGCUGCAGCUGCAGAGCAGGGACAGCAGGGGGCAGCAGCGGACCACAGACAGACUCCCAGGAACGUUCGGCAGGAUCCAAAACCUGUGAUAGAGAUUAAAAGAGUCUUGUUUCCUGCGUUGGAAAGCCAGUUGCAGGGAAACUCACCAGUUACUGAUCUAAAUGACAUGGAAAAUGCAUUGGGAACAGUGGGAGAAGGGUAUUUGUGUGGCAGCCUUCAACAACCAGAUCAAAGUGCUUUACACCACACAUUAAGACCAGAUGUGGAAGAAGCCCAAGGUAAUACAGCAUGAAACUGAACAGUAGAAUAAAACCACAACUCGGCACAAGACCCGAAAAAAUUGUCCCAAAUGUAAUUUAAUAAAAUACAACGGAGACUUGGAGCAGAUGUUUGGUUUUCUGGGAGUUUGUUCCAGAUGUGUAGCACAAAGAGGCUGAGGCUCUGUGAGUGGGUCUGUCUCGGACCGGCUCAGAAGUCUGGGCGGAACCUAACGGAGCAGCCGAUCACUGCUUUAGAAACCAUCACCAGGGUUUUAAGCUGAAGUAGAAGAGAAGCACUGUUUUUAUUAUUUUGUCCAGCCUGUUUAUGUCCACGAGGGAAGAGGCUAAAGGGGAACCCCCCUCUGUAUGACACAGUACAGGUGAAUCAGACAGGUGAACACAAGGAGGGCCCUUCAGUUUUAACUAAGACAUCAAUCCAUCAAAACUUAUUUAGAUAGCACUUUAAAAACAACGAAUGGUCGACCAAAGUACUUCAGGGCAAUGUAGAAACCAGAAUAAAUAAUGUCAGAGAAAUAAAACAACACAAGAACAAAAAGACAGGAACUAGGAUCAACAGAUAAAAGAAAGAAGCAUCAGACACUGUAUUAAAAGGCAAAGUGAAUAAAUAUGAUUUAACCAAGUUGUCAAGUCUGUAGAUGAUCUAACAUUAAAAGCUAAACUAUUCCACAAUUUAGGAGCUGUAACAAUAAAAGCAGCUAAGAAAUCCUGAUUUUGAUUCUGGAAGUGUCACAGUUGUUCCGCUGUUUUACUUGGUCGUAAAUUGAAUUUCUGUGGGUUUCGUACAGCUGCUCAUAAGAUCUGGGCUCCAGGAAACUCAACAUCCUUCAAAUGUGUUUGUCUGUUUUAAUGAUUCAGUCGUUCUCCUGUUUAAAAAGAUAAAACUGUUUCUGUGUGAAUCUACUGUCCAAAUAUAAAAAACACGUUUUGAGCGGGUUUUCCCUUUAACAUAAAUAAAGGAAAGGAAAACCACGAACUUUUGUCUGAGUCAGUGUUUUUGUCUCAUCCUCACUUUCCCUCAUCCUGCACAUGACGCCCGGUCACGUGACGCCUUCAUUGUCACCGUGCUGCCUUCCUGGUCUCCGUUUAAAGUCCGACAAACAAGUGUUGAGAGAACAACGAACUGACCACAGCAAACGAGCUUCGUGAAAUUAAACAGGCGGCCAGAAAAAACAAACGUUUGGAAAAAUAUAAAUAACUAAAUGUGUAAUGAAUAUCAGUGCUACAACAGUCAGUCACCAGCCGAGGAUUAGGC